GUAAGAGGUCAUAACAAAGAAUGCUGUUUCGCCAACAAAAGGAGGUGUAUCUUUCUCGGGAGCGUUGGUUUCACGGAUGAACGGCCAUGGUGCGUUGGGGUGGCUCUACCUGGUCCCUGGUGGGCGGUGCAGCGCUGCUGGCGGGUCUGAGCUACAUCCUCUACACCCCCGUCCCAGAUGGCGUCUCCCAGCCGUGGAAGCUCCAGAUAUUUAUGGCGUCAGUCAAACUGGCAGGAGUCGUGAGCGAGAUCGGGCACCUGCUUGGAUGCGGAAGCAGAAACAACAUGACGCGGAUGAUCUUUGAGAAGCUGGUGGGAACGGGAGUGGUUUCCAAGUCGGACCCAGAGCUUUACGUAACUGACGAACUAUUUGACGGGGUAUCAGUGCGAAUAUACUACCCCCGGGCAGCCAAGAAGCCCCUCCCAUGCCUCGUCUACUACCACGGAGGAGGCUUCGUCUGGAUGAGCGUCAACUCCUACGAUGGCGUGGCGGCUGUCUACGCUAAGGGAGCUAAAGUGGCGGUUGUGUCGGUGGAAUACCGCCUGGCGCCUGAAUACCCCUACCCAAUACCGUUUGAAGAUUGUAGGAAGGCAACCAUGUUCCUGCUGAAGAACGCUGAUGACUUCGAUAUUGACCCAAGAAGGAUAGCAAUUGGGGGGGAUAGUUCCGGUGGAAACAUCGCUGCUGCUAUGGCCGUCAAGUUCAGGGAUGACCAAGUGCUUCCGAGAAUACGGCGACAGAUUCUCAUAUAUCCUAUGUUGCAGUUCUGUGACGCUCGACUUCCGGUUCACGUGGAGCAGAGAGAAUUUAGUCCCUACUACGCCCAACAGAUGGCGUUUAUAUUCGGCAUGUAUGUCAACUUGACCAUCGAUCAGUUGUCGCUAAUGGCAACCGGGAAUUUUUCAACCAAAUCUUUAAGAGAAAAAUGCAAGAGAUAUGUAGAUUAUAAAUUAUUACCACACCACAUGGUACCACGUGAUUACAAACGACGUGACGUCAUAGCACCAGCAAACAAUCCAUAUGCUCAAGAUAUUGAAAAGCUGGUGUCGGACCCCAAAAUAGCUCCUCUUAUGACUGAGGAUUUGUCAGAGCUUCCUCCGGCCUUCAUCCUAACAGUGAAAGUAGAUGGAUUGCGUGAUGAAGGGAUAAUUUAUGCAAGGAGACUGGAGCAGGCAGGUGUUCGAGUGAAAUGGAUGCAUUUACCAGACACCUUUCAUGGAGUGCUCAAUUUCUAUCGAGGGAUAUUUGGUUUUGAUGCUGCUCAACGAGGUCAACGGUACAUCACUGAAUACUUAUCUAAAAAUAUUUAAUGUAUUUAACCCAGAUUUAACGCUAGUGGACCAAUGCCAUAAGUUUCAGAUCUUUUACUUUGAUAUGAUGCCUGGCGGCGUGAUAGCCUGGGAACACCUCUGUGAUUACGUCAGGUGAACAUUUUAAUCAGCCAUACAGCAUCGGGAACGGUAAGAUACGUUAGGGAUGACAGCUUCUUUAUUGUAUAUCAAAAGACGUUGUCAUCUGUGAAGUAUCUUACCGUUCUUGCUACUCACUAUCUUCUGUAGAUCGAUGCUCAUGAUGUUGAUCACUGGAUUGUCUGGUCCAGCCUCGAUUAUUUACAGACCGCCGCCAUAUAGCUGGAAUAUUGCUGAGGGCCGGACUAGUCAGGCGAUGGGGCAGCCUGUUGGUCAGAGCGUUCGUUUGUAACGCCAGGAACUUAAAGAAAUAUUUAAAAACAGAACUUACCAAAAUAUCCUUGAUAGCUAUGAUCUAGUUGGGACAGAAGGAAAGAAUUAUCGAGAUUGUUUCCCAGACAGACAAUUGCACUGAGUUGUGUAAUCGUCAGACAUGCAGAUGCCCUUCGCAGUCUGAUGUCUCUAAUAGAACUAUUCAUUAAUUGAUAUUGAUGUUGAGUGUUGAUAAUGGAUGGCCUGAGUGAUUUCUUGUGUAUAUGUAUACAGUAUGGCUGAUGACAGUAUGAAGCAAGUUCGUGCACCUUGUAUUUCUGCCCGAAUGGCUGAGACUC